AUGUUAACGCAACGUCUAACCGCCACGCAUCCACACUUCGCAAACCAUCUAGACGAGGUAGUCGACGCAGCUACUUCGCAGAACAGACUCUUCCAGCGUCGUACGUCGGUAUAUCAGAAAUACCACCUCCUUGAAAACAUCAGGAAGAAAUCAUGGCGUGGUCCGCCCUCAGAGGCACGUCUACCCAUCCCACACUUCCGCAUACCGUAUACUCUAUACACGAUAUACGGCGGUUUAUCCUUCUCUCUCGAGAACGACGAUAAACAAAUCGGCAUCGCCCUCGCCAUCCGCGAUACAGUCUACUUCCUUGAUUUCUGCGAACAUCAUUUCUCAAUCGAACAGCAUGAAGCCAGCGCUGUAGGGGAGAUAGUUACGCAGUUCAUAAUCGACCAGCUACGAACCUACGAAAAGGACCAUUUGGAGAAGUUCUUCGGAAUCGCUCUGCCUUCGCUUCUGGUCGAGAAGUGUUCGAAGCUAUGUUCGCGCAUGUGGGCGGAGCUAGACAUCGUGCCGUUCGUACUUAAUCCGCAAGGCCCGCAGAAUGUAGAGUGGGUUAAUAUGCAGCUGUGGCAGAAUAAGACGCUAGAUGAGAGAGCGGAAUCAAUUGCUAGGAAGUGCAUUACCUACUUUGGUCCGAACCAAGCGCCGCUAUUGCAGGUUGGGUUCCGAGGGCUGGUUGAUGUUGAUGCCGGCUCGACGGCGGUGCUUACCUCUUUGUCUGAUUAUGAGAAGACGGUUGACGAACGGACAUGGAGAGCCGUGAUGAAGUAUGCGGCUGAUAUGAAAGAUCGGAACAUCAGGGUUGCGUUUUUCAGCAGCACGCCGCAAGGCGGAGGUGUGGCGUUGAUGAGACAUGCUCUUGUCAGGUUUUCUCACGUCCUUGGAACGGAUAUCAAGUGGUUCGUGCCACGCCCGCGACCAGGUGUAUUCCGCAUCACGAAGAAUAACCAUAACAUCAUGCAAGGCGUGGCUGAUCCAGACCAACGUCUAACCGAUCAACAUAAACAGGCUCUAACGGAUUGGAUCCUCGCGAAUGCAAAUAGGUACUGGUUCGGUAAAGGCGGACCCCUUGAGCCCCCGGAGAAGGGAGGAGCGGAUAUCAUUAUCAUUGAUGACCCGCAGAUGCCAGGCUUGAUACCCCUGAUUAAAAAGGCUACACCCAACAGACCUGUUAUAUACAGAAGCCAUAUACAGAUCCGAAGUGAUCUGAUUGACCAGCCUGGUUCGCCGCAGGCGGAGUGCUGGGAAUAUUUCUGGGAUAGUAUCCGCCAUGCUGAUUUAUUUAUCAGUCAUCCCGUUGAGGCGUUUGUGCCUAGUAAUGUCCCCAAGGAGUCUGUCGGUUACCUUCCUGCUGCCACUGAUUGGUUGGACGGUCUGAAUAAACCCAUGGAUGACUGGGAUCUCGGAUAUUACGGUCGUGUGUUCAAUAAUAAAUGCAGAGAGAUAGGCAUGACCACCAUCGACUAUCCAAUGGACGAAUAUAUCGUGCAAGUAGCCCGCUUCGAUCCGUCAAAGGGAAUCUUCGAUGUUCUCAGAUCCUACGCCAAAUUCCACGAUCUCAUCAAGGGCGUCCCUGAUGUCGCUACGCCUAAACUUCUAAUCUGCGGACACGGCUCGGUAGACGACCCAGACGGCGCCCCCGUCUACGACGCCGUAAUAGAAUACGUAUCCAAACAGCUCCCUCACCUAAAAUCAAAAAUAUGCAUCAUGCACAUUCCCCCCUCCGACCAAAUCCUUAACGCAGUCCUUUCAAAGGCCAGAAUUGCUCUCCAGCUAUCCACGCGCGAAGGAUUCGAAGUCAAAGUCUCCGAGGCCCUGCAUAAAGGCAAACCCGUCAUCGCUACCAAAGCAGGCGGUAUACCGCUACAAGUCCAGCAUGGCAAAAACGGAUACCUGGUGGAAGUCAGCGACACCGACGCGGUAGCGAAACACCUCUACGACCUAUGGACGGACAGCGAUCUGUAUGAUCGAAUGAGCUCGUAUGCGCAGGGUAGCGUCAGCGACGAGGUUUCGACUGUCGGCAACAUCUUGUCCUGGCUGUAUCUAGCCAGUUCGAUGUCAAGAGGCGAUAAAUGUAAGCCGCAUGGUAGGUGGGUUAAUGAUAUGGCUAGGGAAGCUGCUGGAGAGCCCUACGUGCCUGGUGAGAAUAGGCUGAAGCGCGCGGUGGAUGUGAAGCCGUUUGGCCAUUGA